AGAAGUUGCGCAGGAGAACGACGGCUUUCGGUGAAAAUUAAAGACACCAAGAAUAGCGGCGAGCGCAUCGACGAAUCCUGACGGCACCGAAUGCACACAAGAUCGGGAUUGCCAAAAAUGGGAGAAUCGAAAGGGAUGAACGACUCGGCUGCAGCAAACCUGAAUUUCAAUAAUCCUCUAUAUUUGCAUCCCUCAGAUACACAGGGAGCUACGAUAGUCUCUCAAAUUCUGACGGGAGCUGAAAAUUACAACAUUUGGAGCAGGGCAAUGCGGAUUGCUCUGCUGGGAAAACACAAACUGGGGUUUGUGGAUGGAUCUUGCACGAAAGAAAAGCAAGACGAUAGCAUGAAGGAACAAUGGGAGCGCUGCAAUGCAGUCGUGCUCUCAUGGAUCCUCAACUCAAUGUCGAAAGAGCUUGCGAAUGGAGCUGUUUUUUUUCAAGAUGCACGACUGGUCUGGCUUGAUUUAAAAGAACGAUUCGAUAAAGCUUCAGGCUCUCGCAUUUUUGCAAUUUACCGAGAAAUCUCCUCCCUUCGACAAGGCGGUCUCUCCGUAGCAGGGUAUUAUACACGACUGAAAGAACUCUGGGAAGAACAAUCAUUUCUGGUUCCAAUCCCUUCCUGCAAAUGUGAUACUUCCAAGAUUUACUCUGAGGUAAUGCAACAGCAGAAGCUAUUACAAUUUCUCAUGGGCCUUAACGAUACUUAUGCUCAGGCGCGAAGUCAAAUCCUCUUGAUGAGCCCUCUACCGAUGGUGAAUCAAGCGUAUGCCAUGAUCUCUGAAGAUGAGGCUCAGAAAACCAUUACUGGUUCUACAAUGCAUGGACCAAUUGACGGGAUAGCAAUGGUAGCACAAAGCAGAGGACGUGGCAGAGGUAGGGGGAGGGGUGGAACCAUACUGGAAUGUUCUCAUUGCCACAAGAAGGGGCAUAUAAAAGAACAUUGUUAUCAGAUAAUAGGCUACCCUUCAGAUUUUAAAGGGAAUAGAGCUAAAACAAACAAGACAGGGGCGGCCAAUCAAGCAGGAUUAAAUGCCAAAGGUGAAGGGGAUUCUGAAGCCCAUUCAGCAAAUACUGUGACAACCUCCUUGACACCAGAACAGUAUGAACGCCUCCUGGAAUUAUUGAAGCAAGAUUCAGAGACAGCAGUCCAUGCCUUAACUGGUACAGGGCCUUCAGGAUGGGAAGAAGAAGGGGACUGGUAGAUUGAUUAAUGGCUUAUACAUUUUAAACUGUACUGAAACACAUGAUGUUG